UGUACAGAAUUUUUCAACGUUUAAGUCGCUAAUUUUGCUGCGGUCUAUUUUAGGCGUGCCAGAAAGUCCAAUCAACGCAGCUGCUCAGAACCCAACAGAUUCCGCUGAAGUUUACAAAAGCAUAGCUGAAGACAAGUUUCUGGCAGCCAGUUCAAACACGGAGAAAGUCGACAUGGUCCAGGAUGAGAAGGUGGCCUCCAAUGAUGGAGCCGACGAGCAGAUGCUGGGCGCCAACGGAGUAGACGACAAGCUGGCCGAGCGCCGGGAUGAAGUGAAGUUCAUCAAGGGCGAUUACCAGAAUGGAGACGCCAAAAUCGACAUUGGGACAGUCAACGGGGGCAAGCCAGCCUUCACCGGCAUGAGCAAGGAGGAGCUCAUGAAGUACGCCAACGAUCCUUUCUGGGUGAGACUUCGUUGGAUCUUCUUCGUGUGCUUCUGGGCCAUCUGGGUGGGCAUGUUGGUGGGUGCCAUUCUGAUCAUCAUCGGAGCUCCCAAGUGCGCUGCCCCGCAACCAUUGCCCUGGUACAAGCGCGGACCUCAUGCCAAGUUCGCCAGCAUUGAGCACUGCAAGCCGGAGGAUGUUCAGAUUGCAAACAAGAUCGUUGCCAGCGGUGUCAUCUACGAGCUGCCAGCUGCUCUGACCUACGACGUGAAGAAGCCCGAGUUGAAAGAGAAGAUCAAGCAUUUGGUGAGCCUCUACAGCGGCAGCGAUACCAAGGUGAUCCUCGACCUUACCCCCAACUACGUGGCCAAGGAAUCGCAGCUGGUAAAAGAUGCAGCUGCAAACCCGCAGGCGCGCUCCGCCUUUGUUUGGGUGACUGGCAGAACCUCCGAGCCGAACAACUGGCUAAAGGUUGGCGGCAAUAGCAGCGCCUGGGAGAAGUACGACGAUAGCUACGUGCUGUCGCAGUUCCAAAAUGGCUACUACGACCUUAAGAUGAACAGUACGAUCGUAAGGAACGAACUCGGGUCAGUUUUGCGCCAUCUGGUGGGCUUGGGCGUUAGCGGCUUCCGCCUGAAGAACACCAAGUUCUUCGUACUCUCCGACGGUCUGGAUAAUGAGUUGACAUCGGCGGUUCCCAAGGACUUUAAUCUGGGACCGAAUGACUACGGCUUUUACGACCACAAGCAGACCACCUUCCACUCCGGCCUGGGUGAUGUCCUCUAUGACUAUCUCAGCAUCGUGAAGAACGCUUCCGCAGAUGCUUUCCUCUCGGUUGCGGAGGAUGUGAUCCAGCCGCAGGUGUACCAGUUGAGCCAGGUUCCUGGAGCUUACGGCAUCGACCUGCCCAUUUACGGUGACUUUGUCAAGGUGCUCAGCAACCCGAAGCCGGGAAAAUCGCUGGAGAAGGAUCUCGAGAACACUCUCUUCCAGGCAGGCCAAGACUCCUGGCUGCAGUGGAACUUCGAGGAUGUGGAUGUGAACACCGUGCAGGAUCCAUCCGCACUGGCCAUGUUCCUCUCCCUGCUGCCGGGCGUGCCCGUGGUUUCUGUGAACGCCGUGGAGUACCAGGAUGUGUCCCAGGAGAUCUACAAACAGAUUGCCAGCCUGCGCAGGUCUGCAUCCUACAUGCACGGUGAACUGAAACUGGUCAAAGCCGAUCCGCUGGUGGCCUACUCCAGGCAGAGGAUUAAGUCUGGAAACCCCGGCUACUUCGUCAUUUUCAAUCCCACCGACUUGCCACAAGCGGGCAACUUCAGUGCCACAGAUCUGCCAAAAAAGAUGACUGUGUCCUAUUUCAGCGAGAAUUACAACAAGGUCAACGAAUCCGCCACUGUGACACACUCGGCCAAGGUGAAUCUCCAGGAUCUCAAGGUGUCCCCGCACUCCAGCAUUAUCCUGACCUACGUGCCGGAGAAUAAGGAGUAAACUCGUUGUUUCCGCAACAGUACAGCAGCAUAAAUAUUGCGUAAAGGCACAUAUACAAUUUAUGUAUACCACAAGAGUAACUUGCUUUGUUAACCAUUGAGAUUUGAAGCCGCCAAACAAAAUGAAUUAAAUUAUUUGUUGAGAACCUGUAAGGGUUCUUUUGCUAUUCAGCUUGCUAAAAAAUAAAUUAAAUAUUGCUUGCAUUUAAAAAAA